AUUGAUUUUCUUUAUCGAAGUUUUGUUGCCAACAAAAAGUGUCUGCCUAGAAUUAUCAUUGUUUCAUGACCUCCCAAAAUUGCGUUUGCUUUGCAACUAAGCCGUGCGUGGUUGCUUACUGUGUGUACUCGUUUCCAGCGAGAACUUAACCAUUAAUUGGUCUGUCGGACACGCUGAAAUCAAUGAAAAAUAUUCGAGCUCUAUGAAACAAAUUCAAGGUUCACAGUCGCUGCACCAUGAAAUCUUUAUACUGCGCGUAGCUUCAAUUUACAUCGAGAGAGCGAACAUCGACACAGAUGACGAUGAGUAGAUGCUAACUGGUUUGACAUUGGACUGGUUGGCAGCCCAGGCGAGCAUUCAAACAAAGUGUAGCCAGAGCCAACAGCAGUGAAGUAGUAGCACAAAUCCACCAUCAUAAUUUCCAUCAGGAAAACGACAGAAUCGAGCAUAAGAGCAGCAAUAAGCAAUAACAGAGCCAGCAAAAGUCGACUUGGAAUGUUUCACUGUGCUCGUUGGCAUUACAUAUAUCUGGAAAGAGGCAGAGUAUAUUUUGGAGUUUGGUGUACGAAAGGUUGGAACUGCGUAAGCGGAGGUUUCUUCGAUGGAAUACAGUAUUUGCAGUCACUGAAUAGGUUACUUUGGAAGGAAAAAUAAUCGCUUACAAAUUUCCUGCACCUACAUUUGAUUCGUAGCACUUAAUCCUAAUUGAACUCGCUCAAAAUAGCAUCGAGGAAAAUGUGGAGUGUCUCUAGUGGUGUUAUAACAUAUUCGAAAUAUAUAAACUCUAUAAAUGAUGUGCUGUGACGUAUUCGUCGUAUGCAGUUUCACCACUGUUCCGAGACAGCAUUCAUUCUGACUCGAAAUAUAGUUUGAUUAAAUUAUCAUCGGAACCCAGCAAGAGUAUCCAACAUUUGAAAACCUAUGAAACUUUCCUAACUGGUCCUGUGACCAAAACAUUGUAUUUCAUCAGAAAGUACCUAAAUUUAAGCAUCAGAAAUCACGUCAAGCAAGAAGUAUAUCACAAGCUUAGAUCGUGCUGCUUUUGCGGAAACAUCCAUUCCUCUAAGUCCCGAUUCGUAAAAAUCUCUAAAUAGAACCAAGGACAGGACAAAUUUGCUUCAGGGGCAUGAUUAAUGACAACGAGUGGACGCUUAAGUGUCGUCUAUGGCCGAAUCCGUUAACAAUCAAUUGCUCUCUGCAGUGACGGAGGGGCAUCAUAGCAACACGACAGUAUCAGGAUCGCAUCAUAGUUAUAGUCACUCCCAUACGAGCAACAACAGCAAAAACAUCAAUAGUCGAAAGAAAAUUCGAGAAAGUAGCAACGAAGAAGAGAAAUACAAAUCUUUGACAUCGACAACAUCGAGGCGCCAACAAUAUCGCGGUUCGCUAGGAAGUACUUCAUCGAGAUCAAUAGCCAAAUCGCAGACCCCAAGUCCCACCACAAAACGUUCCGACCGGAAACGAACUUCCGAUCAAAAUCUUUUAGUCACUUGCGAAGAGCUGUCCCCCCAUUCAAACCAGAAGAGGCGACGUCAAAACCCUGCAGAAAACAGUACACUUCGCGAGAAGGAGCCAAAUCGAAAAUCAGGUGCGUUAUCUGAUCGUGACUGUGUCGCUUUACGCACUCGAUCUCGAACUUCAGACGAUUUGAGUGUUCCAGCCAGCAGUUUACGACAGACUACCAUAAAGACGAGCUUAAAUAGUGCUCGCAUUACAAAGCAAAACAGUGUAGUACCAGUCACUCCUUUAGCUAUCAACAAGGCAGAAACUGAAGAAACUUCAAAUCAGACUUGCGGAAAUAAGGCAGUGGAUCGAUUACUACACGAAAACCAGGCGCAGCAACCACACACAACACAAACAAAAUCAAAUUUGCUCAGCUAUUAUCGCAAAACGCGAGGCCACAGAAGUAGUAUCGGGAAAAAAUCCGCGGGGAGCGAAUUGUCUGAUCACGAUUAUCCAUCGACUGCAAAUAGCUUCGAAAAUCUUCGGGAAUUGCAAAGUGCGCAGGGGUCACAGCAUCCGAACAUUGUCAACAAUCAAAAAUCGUCAAACAACCGGGAGAGUAAGUCAUCUUCGCAGCUGGAUAGCAACAAAGGCAGUGGGUCGACUAGUGGAAGAAAAUUAAAAAAUUCACCAAGAGAUCGAAAGAGCCCUGCAUCAAACGUGGACAGGAAUCGUAAAACGCCACACAACUCCGGAAAUCGAUCUUCUUCAGCAAUACGAAAUCUUCGCUCAACCAUAAGUGAAUCAGGGAAUAACAGUCAUAGUCAGCGACAGCCUAUCAGUUGUUCGUCGUCGGAUAAUUUUACAGCACCACAACAACUGACGGCCGCUGCUAGUUUUAGUGCUGGAGGUGGAUUCACGAUCAAUUCAUCGGCAAAUUCAGAUUCGAUAACGUUUAAUCACGGUGCUGUACCAAAGAAACGACAGAAAGUGGGUGAUUAUUCGGAAUAUCUUUUUACAAGCUCGACAGCGGGUGGAAAUUCAUUGAUAAAUAGCGGAGGUGGUGCUGGUGUACAUCAGUUACCAUUCGCAAGUUCUGUUGCUGGCAGUACGCUAUCAUCUUCGCCAUCAGCAACGGCAGGAACCAGUUCAGGAAUCAGUGAUAAUUUAGUGCCAAUAUCCUUACAAGCAACGUCGUCUACAACAACGACGACGGGUUACAGUAAAGCCCCGAACCUGGGGGCGCGUUUAGCUCGUAGUGGUGGUGCGACACGUGACGCCACACAUCAACAUCAACAGCAGCAACACAAUAAUUCCUCGCUGCAAACGAUUAUCAAUCAAAAUUAUCAGACAGGUUUAAGUGGGGCAAUUGGUGAUUCGGCAUUGUUAACGGUAAAUUCACAAGGGACUGGUAUACAAGUUGUGGGCGGGCCAUCAACGUUAUCCUCCUCAUCUCAUAUCCUAAGGCGUAGUUCACGUGGCAAAACGGGUUCUUGCGUAAGCAGCUCAGCAGCAGCACAAGGUAGUGGAAGUGGUGUAGCAGCGUCAUCAUCGUCCUUGUCGACGGCCACAGCAUUAGCUGGUACAUCACAUUCGGGCUCGGCGUCAUCAUCUCGCGCUGCGACUCACUACAGCAGUCAUCUUGGUAGUCACCGUACUACGAGUGCAAGUGCUGUUUCGUCUGCGCACUCAUCGUCGAGUAAAGGAGGCGGCGGGGGAAGAGGUUCAAGCAAGCACUACGAAGUGUCCGCGGGUGCUGUUGGAGGCGGAGGACCGUCGACAUCGUCGACCGCAUCGCAUCUAGCGUCGGUCAUGGCAAAUGAUAGUAAUCGACCAUCAGCUGGAGGUAAUUCAAAGCUCCUUAAGCCGAAACAGUUGAAACAGAAACUUAAUAAUCAUCAAACAGCAAACUUAGCAAACAGUGGAGGUGUAGAUAUCACAACGGCCACAAAUUUGAAUCAAAUGGGCCAACAAUCUUCCGGAGUUGCAAAUGGGAGUGCCGCAAGUGGAGGCGGUAGUGGAAGUAUGCAAGGUUCUACACAACCGUCAGGAUCAUCUGCAAACAAUUCAGUUCCAACAAAUACUGCACACCCUGAUUCUGAAAGCGACGACAGUGAAGUCGGCCGACUACAAGCAUUGCUGGAGGCGCGAGGCCUUCCGCCGCAUCUGUUUGGAGCAUUGGGACCGCGGAUGACGCACAUUUUACAUCGUACGAUAGGAGCGAGCAGUUCAUCAAAAGCACAACAACUCCUGCAAGGACUACAAUCGCACGAUGAAAGUCAGCAGCUUCAAGCUGCUAUUGAAAUGUGUCAAAUGCUUGUAAUGGGGAACGAAGACACUUUAGCUGGCUUCCCCAUCAAACAAGUAGUGCCGGCACUAAUUCAUCUUUUGCGAAUGGAACACAAUUUCGACAUUAUGAAUAAUGCCUGUCGGGCUUUGGCGUAUAUGCUUGAAGCCCUUCCACGAUCUUCGGGAACUGUUGUGGAUGGGAUCCCCGUAUUUCUUGAAAAGUUGCAAGUGAUUCAAUGUAUGGAUGUGGCUGAGCAAAGUCUUACUGCCUUAGAGAUUCUAUCGCGGCGCCAUAACAAAGCAAUACUACAAGCAAACGGAGUUUCAGCGUGCCUAACAUAUUUGGAUUUCUUCUCGAUAAACGCCCAACGUGCGGCGCUGGCCAUAACCGCCAACUGUUGUCUUAGUCUUCAUCCGGAAGAAUUUCACUUUGUAAGCGAAAGUUUGCCACUUUUAGCACCUCUACUUGCACAGCAAGAUAAGAAAUGCGUGGAAAGUGUUUGUACGGCAUUUUAUCGAUUAGUGGAAAGUUUCCAGCACGAUCCGAAGAAAUUACAAGAGAUCGCUAGUAAGGAAUUGCUCAAGAAUUGUCAGCAGCUGCUUGUUGUCACUCCAUCUGUGCUCAAUACGGGAACCUUCACAAAUGUGGUGAGGAUGUUGGGUGUAAUGUGUGCUAAUAGUCCCGAUUUGGCAAUUAGCUUGUUGAAGAAUGAUAUUGCGUCCACUUUACUGUACCUGCUCACCGGCUCGGCGGAGCCUAGUCAAGGUCCAGACGUCGAAUUAGUCUCUCGGAGUCCAUCAGAAUUGUACGAGAUUACGUGUUUGAUAGGGGAGCUCAUGCCUCGCUUACCCACCGAUGGAAUAUUUAGUGUUGACAUGCUAUUGGAGCGGACCGCGGCGGGAGCACAAGAUCAAGUACAAUGGCAAUGGCGUGACGAUAGGGGAGUAUGGCACUCCUAUUCGUCAAUAGAUUCACGGAUGAUUGAAGCGGCUCAUAUGAAUUCUGAUGAUGAAAUCAGUUUAAGUACAUUAGGUAGAACCUACACCGUCGACUUCCACUCAAUGCAACAGAUAAAUGAAGAUACAGGUACAACAAGGGCUGUUCAGCGGAAGAUAAAUACAAACUACGUGGGGAAUGUUUCAGCGGGACAGGAUUUGUCAAGUACGGGGUCCACGCAGACGCAGUUAGACUAUGAAACUAGACUGGCCCAACGGGACGCUCGCAUUGCGUGUUUGAAAGAAGAACGCGGUCUUGCUUCGGAAUUCAUCAAAAAUUUAUUUUCCGUGCUCUACGAAGUGUACAGCUCUUCAGCCGGGCCAGCAGUAAGAUACAAGUGUCUGCGCGCUCUUCUACGAAUGGUCUUUUACGCAAGUGGGGAUUUGCUAAGGGACGUUCUUAAAAAUCAAAUUGUCUCCAGUCACAUCGCGGGAAUGAUGGCAUCCAAUGAUCUUCGAAUAGUCGUUGGUGCUUUACAAAUGGCGGAAAUUCUAAUGCAAAAGCUACCUGAAGUUUUUGGUACACAUUUCCGGCGAGAAGGCGUGAUUCACCAAAUCACUCAAUUGGCCGAUCCCAGCAAUCCAAUCUGCGCAAAUCCAUCUCCUAAGCCAGCGGGUAGCGGGACCUUGAGUGCUCCACCUUCUGCUUCCGGCUUUCAAGCAAAUCCAUUCGACUUUGACACCUCGACGCCGACGUCGUCCAAAACUGAUCACGGAAAUUCACAUGUUAAGAAUCUUUCGCACGCCAUGAAUGUUCUUCACACGAAAAUGAGCGUUUCUUUACCAUCCACUAGUGCUGCUCCUCUACAGAUCCCGUCAGCUGGGUCAUCCGCUUUGGCAAUUAGCUUAAGUGGUCCACCGCCUGCUUCGAUGGUAACUUCGGAAGUUGUACACCCUUUAACUAUGGCCAGUUCAUUACCAAACAACGGGAACUUCGUGAUGUACUCCACAUCAGCUGUUGAUCCACGACAAUAUAGCUAUCAUCACCCACCGCCACACUAUCAGCCCCAGAGUGUUGACUUGAUGUCCAAUCAACCAUCAUCUGGUACAGAUGCAACGGCCUCUGUUCCUUCAUAUUCAAUUCCACCGCCUUCAUCAACGGGGAACAUUCAAAAUAAAGUUUCGGAUAUUCUAAAGCGUAAAGUGCCUCCGAAACGCAAAUCACAAUCAAGUGGUCGUUCGAAGCCCCGGCCGGAUGAAGCACAAGAUCUUAUAAAUCGCACUUCGGCAAUUGGAAGUGGUUCAUCGGGGAGAAACACCCCCAGUUCAAGCAGUUCAGCGUCGCGUUCUCGCUUUGGAGUGUCAAGUAGUGCUGGGGCUACUAGUGGUAGUGGCGGCGGUUCAUCGUCAAAAACUUCAUUCUUAGCGUCACUCAACCCGGCACGCUGGGGCCGACAAGGAUCUCAUCAUAGUUCUUUUGCCAAAGACAGUAGUAGUACAAACGCAUCGAAUAUUAGUAAAAGCGCAUCAAACGCAAAUCUUAUUGCUGCAGGAAAUCGAGAGAAAGCUCGUCAAUGGAUCCGGGAUCAAGCAAUAUCUUUCAUUAGUCGCUACACUGAGCAAGAAAUUGCAAAAUCAAUCCAUCCAGCCGCCUCAGUCCUAUCUCGGUUAAGUGUUGUUAUUCAAAAACUAGACGGAAAUAAUGACGAUUGUCUGGAAGCCCUCCGAGAGUUGAGGAAUAUUUUGAUUGAAAGUGAUAUUUCGCCUUUUGAAGUGAACCAUUCAGGCCUGAUCAGGGCAAUGUUAAUUUUCAUGUCAUCGGAGCAAGGAAUUGUGCCCCGAGAUAAUCGUCUGCGCGCUUUCUUACACAUAUUUGCUGGACUUCCCAAAAAUCCUGUUAUCCCUGGAGGUGGAUUGCCGGCCAUCAAGUCGACACCAUUCAGUGCAUUUGUUGCAAAAUUGCAUGGUUGUGUAACCCAAUUGGAGCAAUUUCCCGUUCGUGUUCAUGAUUUUCCAGCUGGACCGGGUGGUCGAUCAAACACAAGUGCACUUAAAUUUUUCAAUACACAUCAGUUGAAGUGCAACUUGCAGCGGCAUCCAGACUGCUCUAAUUUACGACAGUGGAAAGGUGGCACCGUUAAAAUUGAUCCUUUGGCUUUAGUACAGGCAAUUGAAAGGUAUUUGGUGGUAAGAGGCUACGGCGGGAUCAGGGGAGAUUCAGAAGAUGAUUCGGAAGAGGAUAUGGACGAUAAUGUUGCUGCAGUUGCCAUGUCACAGAGUGGUUUUAAGCAUAGGCUCCAAUUCUUAAUCGGGGAGCAUGUGCUACCCUAUAACAUGACUGUGUAUCAAGCCGUGAAGCAGUAUUCGCCCGUCGUGAAUGAUCAAUCAGAGACCGAUACUGAGUCAGAAACACCUAUAGGGAACGCUAGCAUUUGGGUCCAGCAACACACCAUCUACUACCGGCCAAUUGACGAUGAUCACAAUGUAAGUGGUGGGAGCAGUAAAGGUUCAUCUUCAACUUCGAAAAAGAGUGGAAAAUCAUCCUCAUCUAAGUUGAUGCGUAAGAAAACUGAGUUCUGGUUGGAAGGAAUUGUACCGUGUUUGUCCUCCCCGCUUACGCCAUUCCUUACAAGUUCACUGCCUGCCGACAUCGUCACUGUCCAGGAUGCAUCGCUUGAUGCACUCUGCAUGCUUCGCAUAAUAAAUGGCCUGAACCGGCACUGGGAGAGCCUUUAUACUUGCACAGAUCAUGAGAACCUGAUCAACCAGUCAGAGUUUGUACAUUCAAAAAUUACAGCAAAGGCGAAUCGACAACUGCAAGAUCCGUUGGUGAUUAUGACGGGAAAUUUGCCACAAUGGCUGCAGCAAAUAGCUCUGGCUUGUCCAUUUUUGUUUCCCUUCGAAACUCGACAUUUACUUUUCUAUGCCAUUUCAUUCGAUCGAGAUCGUGCCCUGCAACGACUUUUGGAUACAGCGCCAGAUCUCAAUUCCUCUGAUACAACGGAGAGAGUAACGCCUCGCUUAGAUCGUCGAAAACGUGCAAUUUCACGGGAAGAUAUUUUGAAGCAAGCAGAACAUAUAAUUCAAGAUUUCGGUCAUUCGAAGGCGUUAUUAGAAAUUCAAUAUGACAAUGAGGUCGGCACUGGUCUGGGUCCAACGUUAGAAUUCUACGCUCUCGUGUCGGCGGAAUUGCAGAGAUGUGAUUUAGGUUUAUGGAACGGAAGUGAUAGCUAUAAGCAAAAUUCGUCGACAAUAGCGGAUAUCGUGAAAUCGGGACUAACUCAAAUUGAUGAUGGCAAUGAAAGUAGUGGUGGGAACAACGGUAGCAGUGGAGUUCUGGGAGACGGCCAAGGUGUAGGAGGCAACAACCGCCAUAGCAUGGGCGGCGUUGCAACAACGAACAAUGCACUAAAUCAAUCCAUUGAUAGUGGAUCGUAUAUCGCCUAUGAAAAUACUGUAAAUAUGAUUAUUGAGCAGCAAGCUGAUGUGCACAUGACAUCGCAUCGGAUGUCGACAGCAAAUACCCAAACUAUUCCGAAUACACGCAGUCUGGUGAUAGAGAACGAGGCUGACCGUGAUCAUCGUUAUCAAGUGAAUCAAGAGAACAAUAUAAAUCGUACUAGUCAUGAUAAUGUACAACAAAUACGAAAUGCACCACCGCCUCCGCCACCAAUCGCUCGUUCGGUCACAACGACGUAUGUGAAUGCACCGCACGGUUUGUUCCCAUUGCCGUUGGGUAAAGCGGCGAAAUUGUCGCAGAUCUCACGUGUUAAGUCUAAAUUUAAGUUUUUGGGUAAAUUCAUCGCAAAAGCAGUUAUGGACAGUAGAAUGUUGGAUCUUCCAUUUUCAAUACCAUUCUACCGUUGGCUGUUAUGUGAAGAGAGCACACUAUCUUUAGCCGAUUUAGCCUGGGUGGCGCCAGAAGUUCAAGCGACAUUAGUUCGCUUAUUGGAAGUUGUUCGGCAACGUGAUUCAAUUCAAAACGAUCCUGGCCUAGAUGUUAUGGAAAAGACUGAAAAGAUUGAACAAUUAGAUUUGGAUGGGUGCCCUAUUGCUGAUUUGGGGUUAGAUUUUGUGCUACCUGGUCAUGCAAAUAUCGAGCUAAGACGCGGCGGCCGUGAUAUUCCUGUUACCAUUCAUAAUCUUCAUCAGUAUAUUUCACUAGUAACACAUUGGUUUUUGGUUGAAGGUGUACAACGGCAGUUCGAAGCAAUUCGUGAAGGAUUCGAUAUUGUAUUUCUAUCGGCACGUCUGCGCAUGUUCUAUCCUGAAGAGAUGGAGAACGUAUUCUGCGGAACUGGCGCUACAAACUAUCAGCGUUGGGAUAUACGAAUGCUUCAAGAAUGCUGUCGGACCGAUCACGGAUUCACUCAGGACUCACAAGCCAUUAGGUUCCUUUAUGAAAUCCUUUCAACGUAUAGCCGUGACGAGCAGCGUUUAUUUUUACAAUUUGUAACGGGUAGUCCACGUUUGCCAACCGGCGGAUUUAAAGCAUUAACUCCGCCUCUAACGAUUGUUCGAAAAACACUAGAUCCUAAUCAAAAUCCCGAUGAUUACUUACCAUCUGUGAUGACAUGCGUUAAUUAUCUAAAAUUGCCCGAGUAUUCGAGUCGUGAGGUAAUGCGUGCUAAACUGAAAGUGGCCGUUAGUGAAGGCAGUAUGUCUUUCCAUUUAUCGUAAGAGAAUUUGAAUAGACUUUGUCUUAUUUGAUGAAAUGCAGUUGAAAAGAUAAUGCGAUAUAAGAGUAAAUUUUCAAAUAAAAAUAUAAAAAUGUAAAAAAAAAAAAUCAAUUAAAUCGUAGAGAAUGGAAUAUUUCAAGGAGAAAGAAACGUGUGGGAAACAAUUUUGAAAUGUUGUGUUUUGUGAUGUUCUUAAAGUUGUCUGUACCCCCCGCGACGACAAGAAACGAAGCAACUGCGAGCGAAGUCAAAAGCCGAGUAAACACGCCGUGCGUUCCACUUUUUUCUACACACAACACCAAUAAAUAGUACUUUAACAAAUCAAGCGAAUAUUUUUAUGUAAAUUAGUUGACUUCUAUUUCUGUAACACACUUAGAAAGGAUCGACCCAACAAAACUUAUUUUCAUGAACUACUACUAUGAACAAUAUUACAAAAUAAAGAAUUAAUUCGAUGCAAAUGCUGUAUACAAAUGCAAACUUGAAUCGAGAAUUUGAGAAAAAGAGAAAUAAGAAAACGGAGAGAGCUUGAAAUAGUAAUUAAAAUAAAACGCAGUGAACUUCAUAUGAACAUUAAUAUCUCUAUAUAUAUAGUAGGUAAAGCAAGCGAGCGAGCAGAAACAAUAUUAAGCUUUCAGGAUGAUUAUCCGAUUAAGUGUUCUUUUCCCGCCAAUGUCACUCUAUUUUCAACAAAUGUUCUAUCAUUUUUUUCACUCCCCGUAACGAUGUGUAAUUAUUUUUUUCCCUCCACAUUCAAUCCGUUACGGAUCUCAACUUGUUUUCCUUCUUCUUUAUAUUACAACUUAACAUAUUUCAAGGAAAAACUGAAAAUUAGAAUAAAUCAAAUUAUAUUUUUUAAUUUUGUUUGAAUUACUUCUUUCUUUUUUGUUCUGUUAAAUUAAUUUUUAUAUAUAUAUUAUAUCUCUAGGUAGGGUUAAUACAAACAUAGAAUAAAAUGUAUGAUUUUGAAGUAUAA